AUGGACACCCCAAUGGGACAGCCGGCGAUGGCUGCACCCCAAGAAGUUCGCGUAAACUUCACAACAAGCUCUCCCGAACUAAAAUUGCCAGAGGACAGCAGCAGCUUAAUAGUAGUUCCGACGGAUCUAAAGCGCUAUGGCCUAUCGCGAAUUCUUAACUCAUCUUCCAUGCUCAACACUUCCUCACCGAUACCAUUUGACUUCCUAAUAAAUGGGGAGUUUCUUCGGACAUCAUUGCAGGAAUACCUCGAGGCCCACGGCCAGAACGCCGAAGAGACAUUAACAGUUCAGUACGUGCGCAGUUUGCUCCCGCCGGUGCACCAGGCGAGCUUUGAACACAGUGACUGGAUCAGUGACGUCGACGUGCUCUCGGCCACCUCGCGCGCAGGCAUCUGGUCUGGCGACAAGCUAGCACCGAACCAGGACCGUAUCGUGUCAGCAUCGUAUGACGGAUUCUUGGAAAUCUGGGACCCCUCAGGGAAAUCUCUGGUCAAGUCUUCAGUUGGUAGUCACACCGCGAGUGCCAAAGCCGCCAAGUUUAUCUCCUCGACACAAAUCGCAUCCUCGGGCCUCGAUAGGACAGUGCGCAUAUGGAAAUACGCCGAGUCAGACGGUGGGCUGACGUGCUCGUUGAAGCCGAGCCUGGAGUUAUACGGACACAGCGCAAGCGUCGAAGCACUUGACGUCCACGGGCCUACCAGCCGCGUGCUCAGUGCCUCAGCCGAUGGCGCCAUCGGGCUCUGGACGACAUCAAAGUCUUCUGCGCCCGCAGCACCCGCCAACCUCCUUCCCGGCGCCGGCGCAUCGGAGUCUAAGAAGCGGAAACUGGCCGGUGCGUCCGCAGCAUCGCAGCGCGGGCCACUGAGCCUGAUGUCCAUCCAUAACUCGACGGCCACAGCUGUAUGUUUCGAUCCGACGGACGCGAGUGUUGCAUACUCAGCUUCGCAAGACCACACGAUCCGCACGAUCGACCUGACGACCUCCAAGGUCGAGAAUGUCAUCACCACAUCGCACCCUUUGCUCGCAUUGACGCCGCUGCAUCGGAAUCCGGGCACGGCGUCAUCCUCAGUGCUUCUUGCGGCAGCGACGGCAGCGCGCCAUAUAACACUUGUGGACCCGCGCGUGUCGGCUAGCGCAACGUCGGUGCUGACGCUCCGUGGUCACAAGAACAUGGUGUCGAGUCUCGCUGCAGGCCCCGAUAACGACUAUAGCCUUGUGUCCGGGUCCUACGACGGCACCUGUCGCAUCUGGGACCUGCGGAGCGCGCGGGCCGCGACGAAAGCCGAGGGCGGCGGCAGCGUGUCCGAGUCCGUGUACGUCAUCGAGCGCGAGAGCCUAAAAGGCUCCAAGCAGCGGAGGAUGGCGGGCGAGGUUCCGGGACGCGGCGUCAAGGUCUUCGGUAUUGCGUGGGACAAGACAUUCGGCAUCGUCAGUGGCGGCGAGGAUAAGUUGGUGCAGAUCAAUCGGGGGCAAGAUCUAUUAGCCUCCAGCUAG